AUGUCGUUGUUACAAUGGAAGAACUAUGAUGAGGUCAUGUGUAAGUUUUUUCCUGCAAGCCUGGAAGGCGAAGGAAAGAACUGGUUAUAUACCUUACCCAACGAGUCCAUAGGCAAUUAUGGAGCCUCAAUGGAAACUUUUCUUGAAACCUAUAUGCACAAUAGUAUCGCCCGGCCGAGGAUAAAUAAGCUAUUCACGUUGGCACGAAGGUUCAGGGAGCCCUUAAGAUCUUUGACGGACAGAUGGAGAAAACUGUGUACCGAUAUCGGGAAGGUGCCUAUUGACCAACAGAUCUUCGGGUUCGAAAAUUCUCUAGGGAAAUCUGACCCCAUCUGGAUAGCCAUGUACACUGAGAAACCGCAGACAUUGAAGGAAAUGAGAAAGAUGCAGGAACAUUAUAUUGCAUUGGAGGAAAUACAAGAAGGAGCACAAGAUAGAGGAGUCCAAAAAGCCAGUACAGUAGCCGGGGAGACUCCUCAAGGUGACUCAAAGCGAUCAGAAAAAAGGCCGAUGAUACCACAGCAAAGCUCGGGAAAGAAGGAAUGGGUCGAGAAAGGAAAAAGGCCUCGUCAUGAGCCGAGAACCUACACACCCCUAAACGCGCCGCUAGAAGAAAUCUUUAAGGAAGUAGAAAAGAUAAAUGACAUUAGGUAUCCAAAUACUAGAGGAAUCCAGUUUGACGAGACAAGGAAUCACCCCGAGUUUUACCAUUACCAUCAGUACCGAGGCCACUCGACCAACAAUUGUCGGGAGGUGAAAGAUAUCGUUCAACGCCUAAUUAGGGAUGGCUACUUGCAACACUUUGUUAAGCAAACAACAUCGGCACCCACCAUACCGGACGCUCGUAUACACCAAGUAAGGAUCGAUCGUGGAACUCAGUUCACCUGCAAUACCAUCUCACACUCGGCAACACAAAGGUUCGAUUUAAGAACCGGUAUUACAUCAAGAAUUCACAAGAGGGAUCAUGCUGGGAAGGAGAUCUUUAGCGUAGAAAAAACUUUACCUAUGGAGGCCUGGAUGAUGCAGCUGAUCACCUUCUCCGCUAAAGACAUUCCGAUGAAUGGACAAGCACAUGGAGAUCCACCAGUGAUCACCUUAAUCAUAGAAGAUUGGGGAGUCAAAAGGAUACUGAUGGACAACGGGAAUUCAGUCGAGGUCCUCUUCUACGACACGUUCAAAAGAAUGGAGCUAUCUUAUGACAUUUUAAUUCCCUCAACUUAUCGGAUCUAUGGAUUUAAUGGGACAGUGACCGUGCCAAAGGGGGAAGUCACUCACAGAGUCUCCGAUGGGGAGGGAUACUUGGACACGCUCACCACCUUCUGCCUUGUGGACGUGGUAUCACCUUAUGAGGCUAUCCUCGGCAGGACAUGGAUCGCAGGCAUUAAAGGGGUGGCAUCGGCUUACCACCAAAGGUUAAGGUUCCCUUCUUACAAGGGAGUUGUGGAAGUACUAGGUGAUCUUCAGGCCGCACGGCAAUGCAUGCAGUUAGAUAUCCAGCAAAAUGAGGAGAUGUGA